AUGCGCUCAUCUCGAGAUCUUAGGGUAGCUUCCCUAAUGGUCUCUAUUCCAGUUUUUCUGGUCAUUGCCUCUCUUGUUUCGAUCACUGUUAUCACUGUUUAUACUCAUUUCAUUUCCUGGCUACAAGCCUUCUCUACUCGUGAAUUAUCGACACAAGCCCCACUACCACCACAACCACCAUCAGCAGCAGCAGCAGCAUACACAGCACUUGAUACCUAUACACUAAACUGUCUCGUAUGUCCUAUAAACAGACAUCCUUCUCUUAUCGAUCUUAUUCACGCCACACUCUGUCGACUGCUAAGCCCAAAUAUAUAUUCUUUCGUGGUACCAAAUCAAGCACAGUCCUUUUCUUUUUUUCCUCAACUACCAUGGAUGGUAUUAUCAUUACUGUCUUUUUGGAUUGUCUCUCCAAAGCUCCAACCAAGAUAUCGAGCCGCAUGUAUGUCCUUUGGACAGUGGUCUACACGUACAGCAGAACAUGUGUCUUUAUCCAUUUCCAAUAAAGUGUUUAGCUCUAUUGAAUACAUAACAUUCCUGUGGAGAAAGUAUCCCGCCUUGGCAGAAGCUAGAGACAUCAGUUCAUCAAGUGAUACUCCCAUGAAAUUAAUCCAGGUCAAGCAGAAUGAUAACGCCUUGGUGCGUCGAAAGAAAGAAAAGGGUGGCAGGUCACGGACCAAGAGAUCAGAAGCACGUUCUCAUACCAGUGGGUUCCGAGAACCAGCUGGCCAGGUUGACCAUACAAUCAUGGAUACAGUCAACCCAGCUCCGUUCUCAAACCUAGAGCCUCCACACACCGCAGACAUAUCAUCAUCGCAAAAAACUAGCAUAAGUGAUGAUAGUGAAUGGACAUUAGUACGAGAAAAAUCCUUUAGGAGAAGAACAGGACAGUCUAUACGAUGUCAGGAUCCCCAAGAAGAGAAAAAUGCCGAGGACAAAACAGAAAUGAGGAACAUGAAUAUAUCAUCUGAUACCAAGCCAGAAACCCAUAUUUUGCUCUGUGACAUCCCAAACUCGGUUGUGUGCAAGGAGAAGGAAGAUCCGUCAGAUACCUUUCAAGCCAGAUUCCAGGUCGAUCAAAGUGACGGAGAAAGCACCCUAAAUGAUGAUGACGAUGAUGACGAGACCCUUGAUCGUAGUGAAUACUCUCUAUUGACAGCAGAUAAUGUGUUGAUACUGGAUCACUAUAAUAAGCCAACUACUACAAGCACAUCAAGGGAUCUGAGUCUGAUGUAUGAGGAUGGCAAGACAGACUAUCUGGAUCCACCAUAUUUGUCAAAGGGACAGGUUCCUGAGGAUAAUAACACAAAUGGUGAACUUAUUACUGAGCAAAGAUGGUAUUCCCCAUUUUCAACCGGCUUUAACCUUGCACAGCUGUGUGAUGAUCCUCAAAAACCCUGGGACUGUCCAAGACCUCCGCUGGUACGUGAAAGCCUUGGUGAGAAGCCGGAGUCUUACUUUCACCACUGGAGUAAGAAUUAUGUGUGGGGAAACCCCUGCAUCGGGAUACAUCCUGACCAAAAGACCCCGUCUGAUUCACUGCCUUACCAGAAGCCGUUCUCACUUCCCUUACCAGAAGCGUAUUCUGCCUCACGCUCAAAGCUUAAUCCAUCUUUGCAUCAAUAUUCCGCAUCACCAAACUAUUUGUCAUGUUUACCCAACAGACGAGCCAUAUCAGCACCAUCUCUCUUUUCACAUUCAUCGACAUCUAUCUCUAAAACUACUUAUCAUAAACCAAGACAUCCGACUCAAAAUGAGAAUACCAAAGCUCAUUUUAUGUAA